AUGGCGUGGCACCCAAACGUACACCACCCCCUCUUCCGACUGGAUGUCUCGAAAGGUGGUGCGAUAGAGAAGGGAGAUAACGAUGAAUGGGCAGCAUUAGCAAGUGCUGCUAAGAAUGGCCAUCUUGAUGUCACCAAAAAUCUGAUUAGUCGAGGAGCUGAGGUGAACCAGGGAGAUAAUGACGCUGAGGUGAACCAGGGAAACAAUGACGGUUUUACUGCAUUACACUUUGCGGCUUUCAAUGGUCAUCUUAAUGUCACCCAAUAUCUGAUCGGUCAAGGAGCUGAGGUGAACCAGGGCAAUGACGGUUUUACUGCAUUACACUUUGCGGCUUUCAAUGGUCAUCUUAAUGUCACACAAUAUCUGGUCAGUCAAGGAGCUGAUGUGAACCAGGGAAUCAUUGACGGUGAGACUGCAUUACACUUUGCGGCUUUCAAUGGUCAUCUUAAUGUCACACAAUAUCUGGUCAGUCAAGGAGCUGAUGUGAACCAGGGAAACAUUGACGGUUUUACUGCAUUACACUUUGCUGCUCUGAAUGGUCAUCUUAAUGUCACACAAAAUCUGGUCAGUCAAGGAGCUGAUGUGAACCAGGGAAACAAUGACGGUGUGACUGCAUUACACAUUGCUGCUCUGAAUGGUCAUCUUGAUGUCGCCAAAUAUCUGAUCGGUCAAGGAGCUGAGGUGAACCAGGGAAACAACGACGGUGUGACUGCAUUACGCAUUGCUGCUCAGGAGGGUCAUCUUGAUAUCACCCAAUAUCUGAUCAGUCGAGGAGCUGAGGUGAACCAGGGAAACAAUGACGUCAAGGAGCUGAGGUGA